CAGAGAGGGAGAGAGCGAGAGAUCCAUGGCGACCUACCGUCCGGAGACGGAGAGCAACACCCUCCUGGCGGACGACUCGAUCCUGGAGGUACGCACGCACGCAUACCACCAGAGAUUGAUCUAUCAGCUGCUACUACUAAUUUUGCACCCCACACAUAUGAUGCAGUACGUGCUGGAGACGACGGUGUACCCUCGGGAGCACCAGCGCCUGCGCGAGCUCCGCCUCAUCACGCAGCAGCACGCCAAGUCUUUCAUGAGGUCGUCGCCGGACCAGAUGCAGUUCUUCUCCGUCCUGCUCAAGCUGAUCGGCGCCAGCAACACAAUCGAGGUCGGCGUCUUCACCGGAUACUCACUGCUCACCGCCGCUCUCGCCCUCCCCGCCGGCGGCAAGGUGGUGGCGAUCGAUGCGAACCGGGAGUACUACGAGCUGGGCCGGCCGGUGAUCGAGAAGGCCGGCGUCGCGCACAAGGUGGACUUCCGGGAGGGCGACGGGAUCGCGGAGCUCGACGAGAUCCUGUCCGAGGACGGCGGCGCCAUGGCCGGCACGUUCGACUUCGCGUACGCCGACGCCGACAAGCUGCAGUACGCGGGGUACCACGAGCGGCUGCUGCGCCUGGUGCGCGUCGGCGGCGCCAUCGCCUACGACAACACGCUCUGGGGCGGCUCCGUGGCCAUGCCCCGGGACAAGCCGGGUAGCUCCGAGUACGACCGCCUGGUGCGUGACAGCCUCGUCGGGUUCAACGCCGCCGUCGCGGCCGACGACCGCGUCGAGGCCUGCAUCGUCCCCAUCGCCGACGGCGUCACGCUGUGCCGCCGCGUCAAGUGAAGCGGUGGACGUUAGUACGAUUCCACCGGUCCGUGUUAGAUAUCGAUCGAGUCGAGUAAUAUAAUUUCCCUACGGAGCUCCAAGUAUUUAUGUUCAAACGUGGCCGUGGUGAUGUUCAAGGUGCUCUUUAUGCUUGACUGAGUUAUUUCCUCUAAAUAAGAUUAAGCAUUUACUUGAGCUUG